GCGAGAAAGCAGCGGACUUGCCAUCGACUUUCUCUCGAUUUUCAGUUUUUAGACAUAAUAAAAUGAGGGAGAGACGGAGAUUACUCUGUUUCAGGGGUUGAAAAAGAAAGCGGCCAUGUUCAUAUGAGUCUCUCUUUUUAUAUUUGUUUAUCUUUUUUUUCACCUCUCUUCUUCGUCGUCUUCUUCUCCCUCUCCGAGCGUUCCAGUGGCGUAGGGAAACAUGUCUAGUACUGGUUUCCCAGGGCGAGAUGUCGGCUUUGGGGUUCAGGCGCCGGAGACUGGAAGUGACGGCCUGAUGAAGCGGCCGCUGUCGGAUAUGGAGAGGGCACAGCAACAGCAGAUGCAGCAGGCGUUGUUCCUUCGCUCGGUGAAACAGAGGACGCUUCUUGCUUCCUCUGCUUCUCCGUGCCUUUCGAUGCCUCCGCCUCAAGAUCCCUUUUUGGGCUCGUCUGCAUCUACGGCUUCCUUGAAUUUGAUGUCAUCCGGGUCGUUUCGCAGGCAGGAGGCGCCGCAGAUCGGUCCCUCCGCUGCGCUGCGGGACGGUCUUCACGAACUGGAGCGGCGGCUUCUCAUGGAGGACGAAGAGGACGUGGUGAGUGCUCCUGGAUCCGCCGUGACGACCGCCGAGUGGAGCGAGGCGAUGCAGCAACUUAUCACGGCGCGGGUACCGUCGUCUGUGCCGAGCGUGUCAGGCGCGAACCAGUUCUCCACAUCGCCGACGAACUCUUCCUCAUCCACCGUGUCAUCCUCUGCCUCGAGCUCGCCUCCAUCAUCGCUGGCCUCCGCGAUCCCUGCCGGGAUUUUUUUGCGGCAGAUGCUCCUUGACACCGCAAACGCCGUCGCAGACGGUAACAUCGACAUGGCCACCGCGAACCUCGCUGUUUUGAAGAGCGCCGCGAACUACAGAGGUAACCCGGAGCAGCGGCUCACGGCGAUGAUGAUCUCUGUACUGUUUGCUCGCUUGAAGCCGGCGCCAGCUGCCGGUUCUUUUCUGCCAGCCGCCGAAGUUUGCGGCUCGGACUACUUCGCAGCUUCGCAGAUGCUCUACGAGGUAUCUCCUUGCUUCAAGAUCGGCCUCGUGGCCGCCAAUUUGGCAAUUUUGGAGGCCACCAAGGAGCAACCCAAUAUCCACAUCCUCGAUUUCCAGGUUUCCCAUGCAGGCCAGUACUCUGCCCUCAUCGACGCCCUCGUCGACCGACAGCGUCUCCACCCGGCUGCGCGGCCCCCAUCACUCCGAAUCACCGCUGUCGCUGAUCGCACCUCCCUCUUCGCCAACAACGACAUCGACGGAGCUCUAAGAAGCGUCGGAGACAGCAUCGAGAAGCUAGCUAAGCGGCACGGCCUCGUCGUCCGCUUCGACGUCGUCCAUCGCGCGGCGGCGGCCGAGCUCGACGCCGCCGCGCUGGGGUGCGAGGCGGGGGAAGCCCUAGCGGUCAACCUCCCGUUCGCCCUCGCCCGGGUCCCCGACGAGAGCGUCUCUCCGUUCAACCCCCGCGACGAUCUCCUCCGGCGCGUGCGCGCUCUCCGCCCGCGCGUCGUCGCACUCGUGGAGCAGGAGAUCAACACCAACACCGCCGCCUUCGCGGGCCGCUUCGCCUCCGCGUGUGCUCAUUACGGCGUGCUGCUGGAGUCGCUGGACGUCACCGCCGCUCGCGACAGCGCCGAUCGGACCCGCCUCGAGGUCGGGCUGGCGCGGCGCGCGGUGAACUCGGUGGCGAGAGAGGGCGCCGACCGGAUCGAACGGUGCGAGGUAUUCGGCAAGUGGCGUGCCCGCAUGGGCAUGGCCGGCUUCAAACCAGCCCAGCUCGGGUCGGCUGUGGUCGAACCGGUCAAAGCUCGACUCGAAUCACUCCGUCCCAACCCGGGGUUCUCCGUAGCAGGGGAGGAGAACCGGAUCGGGUUCGCGUGGAAGGGGCGGAUUCUCACGGUAGCAUCCACGUGGCGCUAGAUCGCAGAAAAAAUUAAUUAAAAUUAAUUAUGUGACUAAAUUGGAUAUGGAUCGGACCGGUCCGCAUUGUUUAAUAUUGAAUCAUAAUUAUUCUCCAAUCCAUAAUUAAUUAUUUAUCUUUCUAAUGGAUGAUAAUUAGCGUUAGCUA